AUGAUUUCUAGAUUCGAAAAUGAUGAGGCUCCACACGAUAACAGAUCUAUCAUCCCAAAGUCCAGUGAAGGAGACAUAAUCGAAGCUGCAGAUAUCGAAAAAAAUGAACCUGACAAAUUUACACUGAUCAAUCCACCUACUGAAGAGAUCCGUCCAUACGUCUCAACGCCUCUUGUUGGAUCAUUUCAAAUGAUUUCCGAAUUUCACAAUGAUAAAGGUUUAUAUGAUGAUAAUAACCAUAUUAACGAGGAUCGAAAGAGAGCCCUUUUGUUAGCGGGGCCUUGCCAACCUAAAGAAAGCGAUAUGCCUGGCGGAGAAUUUAAACAGUCCAACGACAAACGUCGCUUUAAUUCUACAUUCUAUUAUCAUGAUGAAAAAAAGCCAUUGAUAAGUGAUAAUUGCAGCCCUUGGUUAUCCUAUUUUCCAACUAAACAUUAUGCUUACUGCCACUUCUGUUGGUCGUUUGGCGAUGAAACUGCGAAGAAAAGUGCGUGGUGCAGAGGUUUCACCGACUGGAAACACUGUCAUUCAUCUGUCAAAAAACAUAGUUUGAGCAGGAUUCAUCUUCAAAAUGCUGUCGCUGCUGCCUCUUUUCUUCGACGGAAUGAUAUUCGUCGUGGACUUGAUCAACAAAUUACUGAAGAAGCUAAUAAAUGGCGCACGAUUUUGGAAAUUCUCUUUGACACCGUUAAAACUUUAUCAGGGUUGGGCAUUGCUUUUCGUGGGCACCGAGAAAAUCUACAAGAUGAAAAUCAUGGAAUUUAUUUGAGUGUCAUAAAAUUGACUUCCCGCCAUAAUCCGAUUCUACGAAUGCAUCUUGAAUCACUAGAUCGCAUUAAAUAUUUGAGUAAAACUAUAAAAAACGAGUUACUCAGUACACUAUCUGACCAAACCAGGAAUUCCAUCGUUGAUGCAGUCAAACGCGCGAAAUUCUUCACCUUGAUAGCUGAUUCAACGACGGAUGUUGCACAUAUAGAUCAAAUGGCAAUUCUACUGCGAUAUCUAGAUCUUCAAAAUGAAACUUCAAAAAAUAGUACAAAGAAAUAUUUAUUAGGUCAGGCGUACGAUGGAGCACCAGUGAUGUCAGGAAGUCGAGGUGGUUUACAAGCGAAGAUCAAGCAAUUUUUGGGUACAGAGGCAUUUGCUCCACGAUGGGAUCAACUUUUAGAAAUGAGCCAAAACUCAGAAAGGGAACAUUUUGGUAUUGAGCUCCUGAAUGAACUAAAAAAUGAAAUGUUAGAAUCUGAUAUUGCUUCAGAAGAGACAUCAUCUUUAGAUAAGUGUUCAACAGAAAAAUCAGGUGAGCGUGUGCUUCACGUCAAAGGAUUGAGUGGCACACGUUGGGCUGCACGUUUAAAAGCAGUUGCAGCUGUAAUACAAAACUUUGACUGCAUAUUGGAUUGUCUGGAACAGGAAAUUUCAAGAGACACUGCUACUGGAGGGGACAUAAUCACUGCACAAUCAUCGCUUUCAUCGUUAAACUGGUUAUUUUUCCUCAAUCUGUUGUGGUGGCAUUCUGCGCUUGAAAUAAUCAAUUCCGCACAGAUACAAAUGCAAAGAAAAGAAAUUGACUUGAUAAUAGCCCAGCGUUGCAUGUCGUCAGCAUUGAAGAAAUUGCAAAAUUUGAGAAAAGUGAAUGUCUACAAUGAUUUUGUCGAAAAAGCCCGUUGUAAAUGGAAGUAA